AAUGAAUAGAAUAUGCAUAUUCAAAAAAAUUAUAUAUAAAAGUAUAAAGUGGAGUUGUGUAACGCCCUACCAAAGGAUAACCAAACAAUUGCACGCUGCUGCAGCAGCUAAAAAUAUACGCUAACUAUUCGUAAAGCAAAUAUAUAAUAAGAAUAAAACGCAUAGAAAAACACAAAAUAUUUACUGUGACUCAGCGAAAUUUUGAGUGUGAAACAAAAAUCGAACAAAAAUAUGUUUAUUUGUAUUAAAACACGCUGGAUUAAAAACUGCUAAGCAAUUUCAAGCUAAACGAACAAAAAGAUUUAUUUCAGUCUCGUCUCGCAUAGCUCAGUUUCUCAACCAAAAAAUUUGAGCAAAUAAAAAGCAACUGAAGAAAUUCUGCUGCAGCAACAAUUCGAACCAAUCAAACAGCGGCACGCGCCUGCAUACAACGCACACACACACAUAUAUCAAAACAUAACAUAAUUUUAUCGAAUAAGAACAACGAAAUGCUCGCCACAGCAGCCGCCAGCACACAAGCAGCAUUGGAUGCCAUACAAACGAGCGUCACCAAAAUGGAGCGACGUGACUCAACGACUUCGGAAUCAUCGUUGGAGCACUUAGAUUUGGGACGCACGCCAAAGAAGCUCAGCGCACACUCAUCGGCCACAUCGACGCCGCAUACAAACACCAACAGCACCAGCAACAACAACAGAGCCAACGGCAAUGAUAUGCUUGCAAAAGAUGCCAACAACACAAAUGCAACAACAUCAACUGUUGGCUGUGGUGCCACCACCAAGCCAGUGCUACCCCAUCCGCAGCGACAUAUCAACGACUCCGAUGAGGCGAAUGAUUAUGACGAUGACGAUGAGGAGUCGCCCGACGAACAGUGCCUUGGCAAGUCGAAUGCACACAAUUCGAGAUCACAGCGUCAUCACAAGCGUCGCAGCACAGCGCCACGUCUAGACAAACGCACCAGCGUACAUCUGGAAUUCAAUGCGGACGAUCCCAAUUCGCUGCGCAAGAAAUUUCGCUUUAAUCGCAGCAAUUCUGCAUCCGAACAAAUGUCCAGCAAUAAUGAGUCUGGCUUCGUGGACGCCAGCUGUAGUAGUCAUUACCUGAAUGCCUCGGCAGUGUCAUUGGCGGCGGCAGCAGCGGUGGCAGCGGCAGCCGCGACGACGACGUCGACAACAGGCACCACAGCUGCAAUUAACAUGACGCCGACACUGCAUAGCUCAAUCUCUGCAUCGGCGUCGGCAUCGGGUUCGGUGUCGGCGACAGGCUCGCACAGUUCAUCGUCGGCUGCUUCUUCACCGCGUGGCUGUGGCGCCGGUUUGGCUGCUUCCUCCGCCUCGGUGUCCAGUCCCGAAUCGGGUAUUGGCGAUAGAGAACGCGAGGACAUGAAGUUCGUGUGCACCAUAUGCGAUGUGGUGUCGGCGACGCGUCACGAAUUCACAAACCACAUACGCUGUCACAAUUACGCCUCCGGCGAUACGGAGAACUACACAUGUGCUAUUUGCUCCAAGGUGCUCUCGUCGGCCUCCUCACUGGAUCGGCAUGUGCUGGUGCACACGGGCGAACGACCAUUCAAUUGCAAAUAUUGUCACCUCACCUUCACCACCAACGGCAACAUGCACCGGCACAUGCGCACACACAAGCAGCAUCAGCACAAUCAUCAUCAUCGCCGCAACUCGAAUGGAACAAAGCAAAGCAGUCAUAGUCACAACAAUAACAACAACAAUGCCGGCGGUAUGCCCGCCAGCAGUGGCGGAACCGACGCUUUCGCCUCAGCCACCAACAAUUAUGCGCAAUUAGGUAAUGGCUUGAUUGGUGAAGGCGUCAAAACACCAACAGCAUCAGCCGAGGCCUUAGCGUUGACGAACGACGGCAGUACGGCCGCCACUGCGCAAGCUGGUGGUGACGCCGCCGCGACCAUCGGUGCAGGUGUUAAUGGUAAACGCUUACACAGUAGUGGCGUAGAAAGUUGCGAAAGUGACGGCGGUUGCUCAACAGACUCCUCAUCAAGUGCCAUCAGCCAUAGCUCAAAUAAUAAUCAUAGCAACAAAAACAAUAACAGCGACAAUAUUAACAACAAUGCCACAAAUAAUUACAAUAACAAUAUGAACGCGAAGCGUAAUCGUUUAGGUAACUUUAAACGUAAAAGUAGUGAACAACAUGACGAAGACAACGCGGACGCCGAAGCUGACGGUCUGACAAUGAUGACAGCGACGAAGCGACGCGUGAAGACCACCAUAAACAACAACAUAAUCGGCGAGGAUGUGGAUGAGGUUGAUGCGCGCAUGGUCGCGCAUAAUAAUGACAGCGCGAUGAUAACCACAAAAGCCAGCGCAUCCUCUUCCGCAUCGGCCAUGUCGGCAGAUGAACGUGAUGACGAUGAUGAGGACGUCGAGCAGAAGCCGUACUUCGCUUGUCCCGUCUGUCCGGUAUGCAAUGCGGCUGACUUUGCCGAUACACGCGCCUUGGACAACCACUUGGACAGCGAGCACUCGGACAUACCCGCCAAGUGCCGACACUGCGAGGUGGUCUUUCGCACACACCGUCAACUGAGCUUGCAUCCGUGCACGCAGCGCUUGCUAGGCAGUCGUCCGAUGCCGCUGGUGGAGUGCGUGAAAUGUGGUCAGAGCUUUGAGAAUGCCGACGAUUUGGAGCUGCAUGCGCGCGAUUGCCACACCAACGAGUUGAGGCAUGCGCGGCGUAGUCGCAGUCUGAGCGAUAGUUUCGUAGCAGCGCCUCUGACGGAAGCCGAAAUUGAGGAUAAGACAAACCAAAUACGCAACAAUUUCUUGCGUCAGCUAUAUCUGCAAAGUCAAAAGCCUUUCUGUGCGCAGAGUUUGAUCUCGCUGCCCUCGCCGCAACACUCCGCACACGACGAAGUGGAUUCGGCGAACGUAAGCAAUACCGAUAUCAAAGUUGAGGCAGCCGACACUGAGCCAACAGACCAAUUGACAAGUAAUUUACUUUCACAACAGUCGCACGACUCGAAAGAUCUUGCCGAUAUACAAUCGAUACUCAAUAUGACUUCGUCGUCCUCAACAUCCAAUUUUCUGAAGAACUUCGAGCAAUCGGUGAACACACCAUCCAGCAAUUAUAGCAUGGACAAGGAUGAGGAGGAGGCGCAAGAUGCCUUCACGUCGGAGUUUCGUAAAAUGAAAUUGCGUGGUGAGUUUCCAUGCAAGCUCUGUACGGCUGUCUUUCCGAACUUACGUGCGCUAAAGGGACACAACCGUGUGCAUUUAAGUGCCGUUGGGCCGGCAGGACCGUUCCGUUGCAACAUGUGCCCUUACUCAAUAUGCGAUAAGGCUGCGCUUGUGCGUCACAUGCGCACACAUAACGGCGAUCGGCCCUACGAAUGUGCCGAAUGCAAUUAUGCCUUCACUACGAAGGCAAACUGCGAACGCCAUUUGCGUAAUAGGCAUGCGAAGACUACACGCGACGAGGUCAAACGUGCCAUUAUAUAUCAUCCAUCCGAAGACUCGACCUGCGAUGAUCCCGCCAAAAAGCUGCAUAUGUUCUCAUCGCCCGACUUCGAUGACGAUAUGGAGUUGCAAUAUCAGCAACAUCAUCCCAAAGAUCGCUCGACGCCCGUGUCACACCUUAAGGAAAUCUUAACCGCUGAAAGUCCACUUGCCAAACCGAUAAAGAUACAGGUUAAGAGUUUGGAGCAAUUGUUGGACAAGUCAACCGGUUCAGUUGGAAGCUACAAUGACUCGUUUGAAGAACGUACACCAGCGCCGUCCAGCUUGCAACACGGCGAGACAGCACCCAUCGACUUGAGUAUGGAUGUUUUGGAUCUUAGCAAGAAACCCACAGCUAAGCCCGUAGAAAAGGAGACCAUUGCCGCGCCAGCUUUACCAGUAACAGAAAAUGGCAUUGAUCCGGAAAAGAAGCUGGAUCUAUUUUCUUAUGUGAAGGAAAAUUUAAAUAUGCCAAAAAUGCUGGAACUCUGGAGUUUGUCCGCACAAUUCCCAUUCAUGCCCGAUUUCGCGCCACUAAUGAAUCAGAUGUUUGGCGGCAACACUGCUGCUAAUCCAUUUCUGCCACCCGGUCUGGACCUAAAUAAGAGCAUGCAAGCUUCGGCAAACAUGACACCACCAAUGUUACCGAAUCUGAACUCCCUAAUGGCCGACAAACUAAACACACAUCCACAUACCACACCAGAUCCCAAUAUAAUGAAUCAAAUGUUGCCCACAUCCAUGAUGACGCCACCUCCACCCAAUAACGGCAUGAAUAUGCCACGUCACUCACACAUUCCACCCACGGUAUUGCCAGGUGGCCCCGUCAAAAUGGUGAUCAAGAACGGCGUACUGAUGCCCAAACAGAAGCAGCGUCGUUACCGUACCGAACGGCCCUUCGCCUGCGAGCAUUGUUCCGCGCGUUUUACGCUCCGCUCAAAUAUGGAGCGACACGUGAAGCAACAACACCCACAGUACUACGCACAACGUCACCGCACCGGCCACCACAGCAUGCGUGGACGUGGCGCCACCAGUGCAACGACAAUGAACAGCAUUUCCCAUUUACAAGCGGCAAUUGCUCAAGCGCACAAUAACGCCACCCAAGCACAAGGCAAUGGACUGGGCGCCGCGCCGAUAUCGGAGCAAGUGAAAUACGCCAUACUGGCGCAGCAGCUGAAGGCGCGCAAGGACACUGACUUGCUGCAACAGGCGCUGGCACACGGCUCCAGUAGCAUUGCAAAUAGUCAUCAUAUGUUGCUGAAUGCUGCCGGCGCUGCAAUUGGACCGCUGGGUCCACCAAACGGUCUCCAGUUCCCAUUCAACCAUUUGGGUCAACCCGUGAACAUUAAUGGCAACGCGGAAGAUGAUGAGCCCAAAUUGAUUAUUGAUGAGGAUGAUGAUGAUGAUGACGUCGAAGAAAUACUGGACGACAAUGAAGAGGACGAAGAGUUCCAAGUGUCGAACGAACAUUUCGAACAUAUGCGCAAAUUUCAAGCGCCAGCACCCGUCGUGGAGGAAGUAAAGACUGCACCUCCUGCUACCAAUGAGUCCAACAAUGAGACAGCCAAGAAAGUUGCAGAAACCAUACUGGAACAGGCGAAGAAAACUGUUCAAAAACCAAAUCAAACGACCACCAAAUCCAACGCAAACUUUACCGCCAAACCCACACCUACUAAGUCGGUUGCACCAGCGACGACACCGGCAGCACCUGCGGCGCCUGUUACGCCAGCCAACACAAUGAAAGCCAUGAUUGCACAAGCCGAGUCGGUGGGCAAGUUUCUGAAAGAGGUCGCCAGUUCACCCUUCAAAGAUGAAUCGCAAGAUCUGGUGCCGGUUGCCAAACUGGUAGACAAUGCCACCAGCAACGCCGUUUCAUUCAAUAACUAUUUCCGCCCCAGCGAUGUAGCCAAUCAUAUGGAACAAAGUGACGAAGAGGGUCUAGUGGCUUCGGGUAGCGCCAGCGAAAGCAAUCACUCCGGCACCGAAGACGUAGCCGCACCAGCGGAGCCGAAAAAGAAAUCAGCUUAUAGUCUGGCGCCAAAUCGUGUCUCAUGCCCCUACUGUCAACGCAUGUUCCCCUGGUCCAGCUCACUGCGACGCCACAUACUCACGCACACCGGCCAAAAACCCUUCAAAUGUUCGCACUGUCCACUGCUCUUCACCACAAAAAGCAAUUGUGAUCGACAUUUGUUGCGCAAACAUGGCGACGUUGAGUCAGCGGUGUCGGUCUAUGUGCCAACCGAAGAUGUCAACGAGCCGAUACCAGUGCCAAAAUCCGUCGAAGAGAUCGAACAACAGCAGCGACAACGCGAAGAGGAGCAACGCAAACGCAAAGCUGAAGAGGUGAAAUUGGAGCGCGAGCGUCGUGAGAAGGAGCAACGCUUACAUCAGGAGAAGGAACAACAAAACAAACUCUUCAAACAAUUGGCUGUCGCGCAGCUACAACAACAGCUCAAUGUCUCAAUGAACGCGGCCGCCAAUGCGGCCAGCAGCGCCGAAGCUGAUGCACGCGCCAAAGAGAAUCUCUCACAGCUCAACGCCGACUUGCCAUACAAAUGUCAUUUGUGUGAGAACUCUUUCGCCGAGCGCUUCAAUUGUCUGGAGCACAUCAAGAAGCAACAUGCACCCGAGUUCACAUUGCUACUCAGCAAAGGCGCAAUCGUCAGCGAUGCCGAAGCCAACCAGACGCAAUUGCUCGAGGACGAGGAGCGGCGUGUGGGCGAAGAGGCGAAUAACUUUGCGCUGCUGCCGAAACUACCGGCCUACACCAAUCGCAAAGUGAUUUGCGCCUUCUGCGUGCGUCGCUUCUGGUCCACCGAGGACUUGCGCCGACACAUGCGCACACACUCGGGCGAACGUCCCUUUCAAUGCGAAAUCUGCUUGCGCAAAUUCACGCUGAAGCACAGCAUGCUGCGACACAUGAAAAAGCACACAAGUCGCGGUCAAAAUGGCGCCGCCGGCAGCGAUGGCGCGUCGCCAAUGGGUAACAGUGGCUCGGACUUUUCGGACGAUGAACAAAUGCCGACGCCACCAACGUCUACAUCUACAACUGCAGCUGCAGCUGCCCUCACCAGCGCCGCUACGGCCACGACAACGUCGCCGGCGACCACAGCAACAGCGGCAACAGUGCGUUCACCCAAAAUACAGGAGCUGCUAAGCAAAACCAACGAAUGGCGCAGCGCUCACUUGGCUGGCGAACAAAAGGAGAAUAUUGCCGAAGAACAACCGAACGGUCUACACAGCGAUCUGAUCGGCAAUCUGUUGGGCAUCAGCGAUCAAGGUAUACUCAAUAAAUUGCUAUCGUCGCCGACGAAGCGGCCAAACUGUUGGGUGUGGAGAAGUAAGCGACCGCGUCACUGGCUGCCUGUGUGCAGUCGGGUUAAUGGAAAAGCGAGAAAGUGUAAGAAAAUGCACAUAACUUUUUCGCUUGCGAGUCAGCUCUAGCUGAGGCGUUCUCUACGCUGUUUCUAGUCAAAACUGUAACAAAAUAUUACAACAAAAAAUUUGUUGGUAUUUCACAUUGUAAAAAUGGUAGUCGGAUAUAAAUAUGGUGCCGUUGAGCAGCAAGACAGGCAGCUAGCGCCAAAAUACUUAAUUUUUAAUUCAAAAAUACGCAGUGUUGCAUUUUGGGUGCAACUUGCUGCCGUUAAAAAGUAGUAAAUAAAUUUAUUAGUUAUUAAAAAGUAGCAUUGUUAGCUAUUUUUUUUAAUUAUUAUUUUUAAUUUUUAUUUAUUAUAAAUCCACCAAUUAUUGCUGAAAAUUACUAAAUAAAGAUCUUCUGCCAGCUGGCUUAGCGCGCUCAAAAUUAUUUUCGCACAAAAAUGCUUGGAAAAGUUAAUUCGCAGCAUUUUUAGCUGAAAAUUAUUGGCGGCGCAGCUACUAACGGUCAACUGGCACUCGAUCUUUGCCUGCAAACUACUUUUAACGCGCUUAAAAUAAUCGAAAACAUAUUUAUUAUUGUACAACAACGAAAAAUAGACUUAAAUGUUGCUGCUGCUCUGAUAUUCAAAGCAAUCGCAAACUGAUUUCAAUGUACUAUAAAAUUUUAUAGCAACCUCUCUCUAUAUAUACGCCACCACUGUUGCUGCUUGUCAAACAGAAAUACAUAAGCACUGUUAGCGUUUAAGCAUUACAUUGUAAUUACUUGCAUUACUUGUAAUAAAUAUUUGUAAUUAUAGCAAUUUUAAUUACUUUAAAGCACAAAAGUGCAAAAUUUCCCCACAAAAUAUAUACCAAAGCUUUUCUAUAUAAAAAAACAUUGUAAAAUAUUAUUCAUAAAAAAUCGUAAGCAGACAUUGUUUUUGCACUUGAGCAAAAUUUAUAUACAAAUAGUAUACAUACAUACAUACAUAUAUAAAAAUAAGUCAUUUAUUGUCUCAAUUAUUGUAGUUUUACACGUUUUCAUAGACUUUUGCCUAAUUUUGAGGUUAUGCUUGACAAAACAAAAGACUUAAAUCUAAAGUAUAGCAUAGUUAAAUACAUAAUAUAUAAAUAAGCGUUAUGUUUAAGCAACGAAUAACUGUAAAAUGCCUUCAAUACAAUUGAUAUGUACUUAUUAGAAUACUUAAUUAAAGCAAACUAUUAUAAAUAACUAUAAAUAUAAUUAGUUUUUUUUUGUUUGGUUUUGAAUUAUGACGAACACUUGAAUUACAGUUAUGUAGAUUUGGGUGAGGCCUUCAAACCGCAAAGUGGCUUAUAAAAUUAAAUAAAUUAAUAGGUACCAAAAACAAAAAACACAAAUACAAAAACAAAUUUAAAGUACUUAAACUACUUAAACUAAUGUUAAUUAAAAAGUAUUUAGCUACAUGAAAUUCUCUAAGGAUCAAUUCAAACUAAUAUUAAAUGUCGCUUUGUAGUUGUUAGUGUUAAUAAUAUUGAUGUUAUACUAUCGUUUUUUGCUUUACAUGCAUGCGCAUGUAAUUUUUAUAUAUUUAUUAUAAAUUAAUAAGCAGAGUGUAUUGGAAAAUAUGGCCUUAAAUUACUCAAUAACAAGUGAAAGUCUAA